GAAUUAAACUUUGGCAAGGCAUUAUUAUUUCUUCCUAGGGUAGGGACCUCAUGCUGCAUUAUCAUAUGAUGAGAUGAGAGGAUCCAUUAUCAUGUACUAUCACACUGUAUCUCUUCUUCCUUUCUUGAAGAUGUUCUUCAUCGUACUCUUACUAAUAAUUUCAACAUCUACCAAUAAUAUUAAUGCAGAAUACGAUGAAGCAAAUUACAUGUCCGAUUUAUUACAAUCACUAUCCCAUACUCCCUCUAGCUGGUCUAACAAAAUUCACCACUGCAAAUGGAAAGGCAUAACUUGCAACUCAACUACUCAAGCUGUUACCUCCAUCAUCCUCCCAUCAAAUUCACUCACCGGCACACUCCCUUCGAAUAUCGAGACUCUAACUAAUCUCACUCACAUCGAUCUUCACAACAACUCACUCAAUGGUCCUUUACCCGAUUUUACUAACCUUGCCUUGCUCCAAACUAUUUCCCUUGGUCACAAUAACUUCACCUCUCUCCCAGAAGAUAACUUACGAUACUUCACUGAACUAAGAACUCUCAACCUUAGCAAUAACUUGAACCUCUCCCAAUGGGGAUUUCCUAUGAAUUAUUUCGAUUACUCCUCCCCUUUGUACUCCAUCGAUUUCGAAGCUACGAAUAUGAUAGGCUCAUUUUCAGAUCCUGAUAUAUUUGAUUCGUUUCCAAAUUUGCAUACUUUUAUUAUUUCUCACAACAAAAUGGAAGGAUUUCUACCCCCGUCUCUCGGGAAAUCUGCAAUAAGGAAUUUACGACUUAACAAUCAGAGAGGUCACGCGUUUUCGGGCACAAUUGACAUUAUAUCAAAAAUGAGAAAUUUGUCUCAAGCAUGGCUUCACCAUAACAACUUCAAGGGUCAUAUUCCUAACAUGUCCAAUUGUAUUAAUUUGUUUGAUUUGCAGCUUCAGUCAAAUAGCUUAGAUGGUUUGGUUCCACCUUCAUUGUUUUCUCUUACUAGCUUGAACAUCAUCUCUUUGGAAGAAAAUAGGCUUCAAGGACCAUUACCUGAGUUUCGCAAGGGUGUUAACGCAACUUUUGAACACAAUAACUUUUGUCGAAGCGAUGUUGGACCUUGUGAUUCCCAGAUUAUGAUUUUAUAUGAUAUUAUCGAUGCUCUUGGGUCUCCUGUAUUUUUGGCAACUCAAGGAAAUAAUGCUUGUACCGGAGGUACAUGGAUCAAGUUAAUGCCCGAUCGAGUACAGAUUAAGUGUGAAAGAGGGAAAAUUGUUAGUUUUAAGAUCUGCUAUGUUAAUGGUAUACAUGAUAGUGGAAGUGGAACCAUCUCUCCUAAAUUUUCCAAUUUAACAAGUUUAGUGAACUUGACUCUUGUUGGAAAUAAUUUGACCGGUCCAAUACCACACAGUCUUACAACUUUGCAUCAUCUUCAGCUUCUUGAUGUUUCCGAUAAUAAUCUAUCAGGAACAAUUCCCAAAUUUCCAUAUGAGAUUAAGUUAAAUAUCACAGGCAAUAAUUUGCUAAGGCAAAAUAUGUCUAGACAAGGUGGAGGUGAAAAUGCAACUACUCCAGGUAAUGAUCAAACCGGAGGUUCAUCUAAAGCAGCAAACCUUAGACCUUUUUGGAUUGCAGGGGCGUUUGGAGUUGGAUUUGUCGUACUUAUUGUGUUGAUUAUUUGUAAACGUAAGAGGUAUCAUAUUUUAGUAAAAAGGUGGGUCGUCAAGAAAACAAUAAAAUCUAUUGACAACAAUGUGGAGGAUUUCAUAAAAAGUUAUAACUUGUCAGUGCCAAUUAAGCAGUAUAGAUAUUCAGAAGUGAAAAGAAUGACAAACUCAUUCCGAGACAAAUUAGGUCAAGGAGGAUACGGUGUUGUUUACAAAGCAAGUUUACUUGAUGGACGUCAAGUGGCGGUGAAAGUGAUAAACGAGUCAAAGGGAAAUGGAGAAGAAUUCAUAAAUGAAGUAGAUAGCAUUAGUAGAACGUCACAUGUGAACAUCGUUUCACUUUUGGGUUUUUGUUAUGAGAACAAAAGAGCAUUAAUAUAUGAAUACAUGUCAAAGGGAUCAUUGGAUAAGUUUAUCCUUAAAGGUGGAUUUCCUUAUGCUAUUUGUAGUUUGGAUUGGAACACGAUGUACAAAAUUGCAAUUGGCAUUGCUCGGGGACUAGAAUACUUGCAUCAAGGAUGUAUUUCAAGGAUUUUGCAUCUUGAUAUCAAACCCCAAAACAUUCUUUUGGAUGAAGAUUUUUGUCCAAAAAUCUCUGAUUUUGGACUAGCUAAAAUAUGCGAAAGGAAUAAUAGUAUUGUUUCGAUGCUUGGCACAAGAGGAACCGUAGGAUAUAUAGCACCAGAAGUAUUUAACCGAAUGUUUGGUGGAGUUUCUCACAAGUCUGAUGUAUAUAGUUAUGGUAUGUUAAUUCUAGAAAUGAUUGGAGGAAGAAAGAAUUAUGACACUGGAGGUUCAUGUACAUCUGAAAUGUACUUUCCAGAUUGGAUUUAUAAGGAUCUUGAACAAGGUAACAACCUUGAGAGUGGUUUGGCAAAUUCUGAGGAAGAAAAUGAUAUGGUUAGAAAGAUAACUAUGGUGAGUCUAUGGUGCAUUCAAACAAAUCCAUCAGAUAGACCAUCAAUGAGUAGAGUGAUAGAAAUGCUGCAAGGACCACUUCUGUCAAUGUCAUAUCCUCCAAAGCCUUUCUUAUAUUCUCCUGAAAUGCCACCAUUACAAACUUCACAUGUGUCUUCUAGCAAUUUGCAAGAGACAAAUUCAGAAAGUCAGUAGUGAAAAUUUGAUUGUAUUGUAAUCAUAUAUUGUUGGUAUUUGAGUACAACUUUGCAUAUCUGUUGGUUAAGAUUCAAAACUCACACAGACACACAUAUGGUUGUUAAUUUCUAACUACUGAUGACUUUGAAAAUUUUACUUAUACUCUGCGAUUCAAAAUUUAA